AUGAGAAUUGAAGGGAGAAAGGAGGUUUUAAUGGGGGAAAAAGACCAAAAGGCAGCAAUAGAAACCACACAUUCUGCACUUUCACUACGAUUCUCCCUGUUAAUUUUCCUUCUUAUGGAACCCAAAGUUAACAACAACCCCAAGAUGUUGGAAAAACAGUGGCUUUGUACUGCCUUGAAUGCCAGAAGCCUAGGAUUAGGCAGUGAGACCAUAGUCUUUGCUCAUGGUUAUGGAACAGACCAGUCAGUCUGGGAGAAGAUCAUUCCCUUCUUUGCUGAAGACUACAAGGUUGUGCUGUUUGAUUGGCCCUUUUCUGGAGCUGUGGAUCCAAACCUCUAUGACCCUUUCAAGUAUUCCUCCAUGGAAGCUUUUGCUGAUGAGUUGGUCACUCUCAUGGAUCAGAUGGACCUCAAAGCUGUCACCUUUGUUGGCCAUUCCAUGUCUGGCAUGAUUGGCUCCAUAGCCUCCAUCACUAGGCCUGACCUCUUCAAGAGGCUUAUUCUCCUUGGUGCUUCUCCUAGGUAUCUUAAUACAGAUGACUAUGAGGGGGGCUUUACUAGGUCAGAUGUUGAGCAAUUAUUGCAGGACAUUGAGGCCAACUAUGACAACUGGGUUUCUGCCUUCUCCUUACUAGCAGUGGAUCCAAGUGAUGAGCCAUCUGUUAACAAAUUCAGAGAGUGCCUGAGGAGAAUGAGAGCUAAUGUGGCAGCCCCCUUAGCCAGGACUGUGUUCUAUAGUGAUCACAGAGAUAUACUUGAGAAAAUUGAAACUCCAUGCACCAUCAUUCAGACCAGUAGUGACAUUGUUGUUCCAUUCAGUGCAGCAGUUUAUAUGGAGAGCAAAAUUAAAGGGAAAGUUACAUUGGAGGUUUUAGACGCUAAAGGCCAUUUUCCUCAGUUAACUGCAUUCCUUCAGCUAGUUGAUGUGCUCAAGGGUGUUAUUGGCUAG